AUGGGACCCUCUGAAAGGCCAUCCCCCGGCUGGAUGCACAAGGACGCAGAGAUGCGAAUUGGUCCCCAGACGGCAGAGAAGAGCAGGGGGUGGAGGCCCGGAGACAGGAGCAAGGCCCCUUCAUCCCUCCCCCCAGCCCUGUCCUUCCUCCUCUUCUUGCCGCUGGCCAGUGCCCUACAGCCCACGCCACUGCCCUUUCCAGAGCUGAGGCUGGUGGGGGGCCCGAGCCGCUGCCGGGGGCGCCUGGAGGUCUUGCACGGUGGCUCCUGGGGCAGCGUCUGCGACGAUGACUGGGAUGUGGUGGAUGCCAACGUGGUGUGUCGACAGCUGGGCUGCGGCCUGGCGCUGCCUGUGCCGCGGCCCCUUGCCUUCGGCCAAGGCCGAGGCCCCAUCCUGCUGGACAACGUGGAGUGCGGCGGGCAGGAAGCCGCCCUGAGCCAGUGCAGCAGCCGAGGCUGGGGCGUUCACAAUUGCUUCCACUACGAAGACGUGGCUGUCCUGUGCGAUGAAUUCUUGCCCACGCAGCCCCCAACAAGGAAAGUGUUCACCAGUAGGGUGCCCCCUACAACUCCCCAGAAUGGGAAAGGUGAGGGCAGCGUGCGCCUGGUGGGGGGCACGGGCCCGUGUCAGGGCAGAGUGGAGAUCCUGCACGGCGGCCUGUGGGGCACCGUGUGUGACGACGACUGGGGGCUGCCGGAUGCUGCCGUGGUCUGCCGCCAGCUGGGCUGUGGGGCCGCCCUGGCCGCCACCACCAACGCCUUCUUUGGCUAUGGCACGGGGCACAUCCUGCUGGACAACGUGCACUGCGAAGGCGGCGAACCCCGCCUGGCAGCCUGCCUAAGCCUGGGCUGGGGUGUGCAUAACUGCGGCCACCACGAGGACGCUGGCGCGCUCUGCGCAGUGCUGGGCCCCCCGACUCUCACAGCACUACCACCCUUGGCCACAAGAGAGGACUGGGCCUGGCACACGGAGCCAGGGGCUACAGGAGUUGGUGCCCUGCCUUCCAGGGAGACGGCACUGUUCACCACAGCUACCUGGGCCGCGGGGAAGAAAAGCGGGCGGCUGCGGCUGGUGGGCGGCCCGGGCCCAUGCCGCGGCCGCGUGGAGGUGAUGUACGCCGGGGGCUGGGGCACCGUGUGCGACGAUGACUGGGACUUCGCGGAUGCGCGCGUGGCCUGCCGCGAGGCGGGAUGCGGUCCUGCGUUGGGCGCCACCGGCCUUGGCCACUUCGGCUACGGGCGCGGCCCCGUGCUGCUAGACAACGUGGGCUGCGCCGGAACGGAGGCCCGCCUGAGCGACUGCUUCCACUUGGGCUGGGGUCAGCACAACUGCGGACACCAUGAAGAUGCCGGCGCGCUCUGCUCAGGCCCAGAGGAGCUAGGACUGCAAGUCCAGCAGGAUAGUUCUGAGACCACCCGGGUGCCCACUCCUCGGCCAAGGGACGGGCACCUGCGUCUGGCCAACGGAGCUCACCAGUGUGAGGGGCGUGUAGAACUCUUCCUAGGGCAAAGGUGGGGCACCGUGUGCGAUGAUGCCUGGGACCUGCGAGCAGCCACUGUCCUGUGCCACCAGCUGGGCUGUGGCCAGGCCCUGGCAGCCCCCGGCGAGGCCCACUUUGGCCCAGGCCGAGGCCCUAUCCUCCUGGACAAUGUCAAGUGCCGUGGGGAUGAGAGUGCUCUUCUGCUCUGUUCUCACAUACGCUGGGAUGCCCACAACUGUGACCACAGCGAGGAUGCUAGUGUCCUGUGCCGGCCAUUGUGA